ACAAUUUGAUUAAUUUGAAUUUUCGAUAUAUCGAUAGUUGCAUGUUCAGUUUACUAUCGAGUCGAAAGUUGAUUGUACACACACACACAAUCAGUGUUAGUAAUGAUUAUUUUAUUACUAUCAAUGCUGAUAAACAGUGAUAAUAUUACUGAUACGGACGAAAUACCACAUUCGUUUUUUAGCAUAAAAAUAAAAAGGACUAAUUAGUAUUUGUUUAAAAUGGCAACCGGAGACGAUAGACGCGUGGCAUUAAUUACUGGUAUUACUGGACAAGAUGGUUCUUAUUUAGCUGAAUUUUUAUUAGAAAAGGGAUAUGAUGUGCAUGGUAUUAUUAGGAGAGCAAGUUCCUUUAAUACUGCUCGUAUUCAGCAUUUAUACGAGGAUCCUAAGUGCCAUCGCCAGGGUAAAAUGAAAUUACAUUAUGGAGACAUGACAGAUUCGAGUAGUUUGGUUAAAGUAAUCAGUUCGGUGCAACCAACUGAAAUUUAUAAUCUUGCAGCUCAAAGUCAUGUUAUGGUUAGUUUUGAAGUAAGCGAGUAUACUGCAGAAGUAGAUGCUGUGGGAACAGUGAGAUUACUAGACGCUAUAAGAACGUGUGGUUUAGAAAAGUCGGUCAAAUUUUAUCAUGCAUCGACUUCUGAACUUUAUGGUAGGGCAGUAGAAGUACCACAGAAUGAAAAAACUCCAUUCUAUCCACGUUCCCCAUAUGCAUGCGCCAAAUUGUAUAGCUUCUGGAUCGUAGUUAAUUAUAGAGAGGCUUACAAUAUGUUUGCUUGCAAUGGUAUAUUAUUCAAUCAUGAAAGUCCUAGAAGGGGAGAAAAUUUUGUAACGAGAAAAGUUACAAGAUCUAUAGCAAAGAUACAUUUAGGGUUGCAAGAUGUUCUUGAAUUAGGAAAUCUUGACGCUAAAAGAGACUGGGGUCAUGCUAAGGAUUACGUACAAGCAAUGUGGCUUAUGCUUCAACAAUCAACCCCAGAUGAUUAUGUUAUAGCCACGGGAGAAACUCACAGUGUAAGAGAAUUUGUAGAGGCUGGAUUCCAGUACGUUGGACGUAGUAUUAAGUGGGAAGGAGAAGGAGUUAACGAAACAGGGAAAGACGUGGAGAGCGGAAAAGUAUUAGUACGAAUUAAUCCGAAAUAUUUCCGACCUACUGAAGUUGAUGUUCUUUUGGGUGAUGCUACUAAAGCCAAGGAGAAAUUUGGAUGGAAACCGACGGUUACAUUCGAGGAAUUAGUUAAAGAUAUGAUGGACUUCGAUCUGAAUCUAAUGAGAAAAAAUCCAAAUGCUUAGUAUCAUUUUACUUUAGCCUAAAUAAUUACGGAAAGGUAUGAAAUAUGUCCUAUAUCUUUGUAUAUUGUGUUACGUAUGCCAUAGCAUAUAUUUAUUAUAAAUAAUCCACACGCCAGUAUCACACAUUACUGCAUUUAAAUCUACAGAGUAAGAAUAGUCAAAUUAAUAAGGUAAGAAAGUUAUAAGAUUCUUUUUGAAGUAUUAUAAAUUGUACAACAAACGAACUAGUAUGAAAGCGGUCGUUCAUAUACAAAGUAGUUUUUAUA